AUGCACCAAGACGUAAGCUUUAAGACGAGCGACAACGUUACUUUGCGUGGAUGGUUUUACAGGCCCGACAAUGCAGACGGCCAAUUGGCAUGCCUAGUCAUGGCACACGGCUUCUCUGCCCUGAAAGAGAUGAAUCUCGACACGUUUGCUGAGCACUUCAUAUCCGCCUUGCCCAUAUGCUGUCUCGUAUAUGACAACCGUGGCUUUGGCAACAGCGAUACUGGGCCCAGCCAGCCCCGACAGGAGAUCAUUCCUUUGCAACAACACAGCGAUUACUCGGAUGCUAUAACCUACGCGCAAUCGCACCAUGACGUGGACAAUGGCAAGAUUGGCAUAUGGGGCAGUUCGUACAGCGGCGGCCACGUUCUCUGGGUGGCAGCCGUCGACCGUCGGGUCAAGGUCGUUCUGAGUCAAGUUCCAUGUGUGAACGGCUGGGAUAGUUUCCACCGACUGAUUCGACCAGACCUUGUUCCUGGAUUGAACCAAUUGUUCCAAGAUGACCGGCACAGCAGGGCACAAGGGAAGGCUGCGGGCGUUCUGCCUGUCGUGGAACAAGCUAUGCACAAGCCAUCUGCCCUACAUACUCCGGACAGCUAUGCCUACUUUACUGACUGGGAGAAGAGGUGCGGCUGGAAAAAUGAGGUGACUAUCAAGUCCAUCGAGGCGUUCCGCGAGUAUAACUCGUCCACCCAUAUCCACCACAUCUCGCCCACGCCUCUGUUGAUGACGGUGGCGCAAAACGAUGUCCUGACGCCCGCGGACCUUGCGUUGGAGGCCUACUCGCGAGCUUUGGAACCUAAACAACUACACAUUAUACCAGGGGGCCACUUUGACUGCUACUCUGGCUCCAGUUUUGAAAGGACCAGCCAAUAUCAGGUGGACUUUUUGAAAAAGCACCUGUGCUCGCAGCCGGACAAGAGGGAGGAGGCAGCACAAGACGCUUGA